CAGGCUACCUUUUGCCGGUCACUCUCCUAAAGCUGCAGGGAAGAAUGUCAGUGGCUCAUACCGCAGGUCAUCUUUUGCUGAUACUGCUGCUGACAGAAGCCAGGAAGACUCUGGGCAAUGCCCAUUCUCUGUGCCUUGACCUCACUAUCAAAUCUCAGUCCAAAUCUGGCCAGCCCUGGUGUCAAGUCCAGGGCUCUGUGGACACAAAGCCUUUCCUCCACUAUGACAGUGACAGCAACAAGGUCAAACCUUUGGGUUUCCUGGGGAAGGAGGUAAACGACACAAAAGUGUGGACCGAAUUGAGCCAAACACUGGCAGAAGCAGGAAAAGAGCUCAAGAUGGUCCUGCCUUUCAUCAAACUGGACAAAAAGGAGACAAGGGGUCCUCCCACCCUGCAGGUCAAAAUGUGCUGUCAGCGUGAAGCUGAGCAAUGCUCUGGUGCAUCCUUGCACUUCAGCCUCAAUGGACGGACAGCCCUCCUCCUUGACACCAUGAGCAUAACCUGGACAGCCAUCGAUCCUGGAGCCACAGGCAUCAAGGAGGAGUGGGAGAACAACCAGGAACUGGCAGAGUAUUUCAGGAAGAUCUCAACAGGAGACUGCAGCUAUUGGCUUAGGGAAUUCCUGAAACACUGGGAGAACAUGCUGCUCGCAGAGCCCACAGAACCACUAAUAAUGGCCCCAGAUAUCAGCCAGUCUGCAUCCAUCCGAUUGGUUGCUUGCAUGAUCCUGUUGAUCAUCACCCAGUUAGUUCUAAUUGCUUUAUCGUCAUGAAUCUUAUGAAGAUAUCAGGCACCACAGCAGGGGCCCAAAUGUGGUGAAGUCCUACCAUUAGGUGAAGGAGACCUCACCUGGAAAUAGGGUGUGUGCAGAUGUAAUCCAACCAAGGUGAGGUCAGCGUAGAUUAGGUUGGGCUCUAAUCCAAAGACUGGUGCCUUUACCAAGAGGCACGCCUUUAAAGAAAUGUGGACACGCAAAGAAGAGAUGGAUAUAGGAAAACAAGACACACGAGUGUCAUGGAAGGACAGAAGUAGACACUGGAGCUACACGAUGCCAAGUGUUUCUGGCAACCACCAGUGCUGUGCAUAGUACCUCAGUCUUGUCUGACUCUUUGCAACCCCAUGGACUGCAGCCCACCAGGUUCCUCUGUCCAUGGGGAUUGUCCAAGCAAGAAUACUGAAGUGGGUUGCCAUGUCCUUCUCCAUGCAACCACCAGUAGUCAGGAAGAGAAAAGAUGGAGCCUCCCUUAGAGCCUUCAGAGAGGGCCCUACUGACAGCUUGAUUUCAGACUUCU